AUGUCGUCUACUGACAAGAAGAAAACCAUCGUCGUCGUAGGCGCAACAGGACGACAAGGUGGUAGCGUCGCCCGGACGUUCCUCUCAUCUCCUGUGUCAUCUCGCUGGCGAGUCCGGUGUAUUACUCGCAACCCAUCAUCCGAAGCUGCACGAGGCCUCGCAGCUCUAGGUGCCGACAUUGUCCAAGCUGAUCUCUCAUCCCUGCCGAGCCUGGUGUCUGCGUUUUCCGGCGCUCACGCCAUCUACGUCAACACCGACUUCUGGGAAGUGUACCGCGGCGCCUUAUCGUCAGGCAAGGCCACCGACGCCGAAGUGUCCCAACUCGCAUACGACACUGAGGUUGCGCGUGGCAAGAACGCAGCUCUGGCGGCGUCCCAGACCGCGGGGCUCGAGAGGUACAUCUACUCGGCCUUUGGAUCCAUGAAGGUCGCGUCGGGCGGGAAAUACGCCCGGUGCUACCACAUCGAAGCCAAGGCCGCGGUGGUGUCGUACAUCGUUUCUGAGCUGCCCGACCUGGACUCGAGGACGAGUUACAUCUAUGCCUCGGGCUACUGUGACAAUGCGCUCUUGUAUCCCCACAAGGUGCCGCUGGGCACGCUGUGGGUGUUGUGGGUCGUCGCGAAACUUCCGUUCUUGGUCCAUUUGUUGCCUCGGCCGGGGGUGAAGAAGUCGGAACAGACGGAGAAAAAGAACGCGAACAAGAACGAAAAUAAUAGGAACCAAGUGAGUGGCGGUGACGACGGCGGCGGGAACCGAUGGUAUCAUCUUCACCACCGCCAUCAAUAUCUAAUGAUGCUUCCAGGACGCAUAAGCACGUCCUUGCCGACUUUCAUCCCUCACGUUUCCACAGGCGGAUACGUGCGAUGUCUCGUCGAGGACGAAGAAGCCGGCACCAAGCUGCUGGCCGUCGACUGGUGGCUGAGCAUGGAGCAAGGGCUCAGCGCGUGGGAGAAGGUCACGAACCGAAAGGCGCGUUUCCUGCAAAUGCCCGUGUGGCUCUUGUGUCGCAUCACGGGCGUAAGGGAGGAAGUCAUGGAAGGGGGCGCCUUUCUCACGGAGUUUCCAUACAUGUGCGACGUGACGGAUUGGAUUGAACCCAAGCACCUCAAGAAUCCGCCCCCCGUCGCCAUGACGUGGGAGGAGUAUUUGAGGUCAAGGGAUAUAAAAGAGUUACUUGAGUAG